GGGAAGGGUAUGAACGCAACACCCGGAAGUUGACUUUCUGGUUGGCGGAUAAGGCGUUUGUAGUAGUUUCUAGGAUGGAGCGAAACACGACCUGGCGGGCACUGAAUAACUUACUUGCAUAGGAUACAAAAUACCGUCCAUCAGACCAUUGACAUUAUCGGCUGAAGCAUAGAGAAAGGACAGUGCAACCCGGAGUCGGACAAGUCCACAAGAUCCAUCAAGCGAUGCGCUGCAGCCCCGUGAAACGAGCAAACAAGAACGAAUGAAAACAUCAACAGCACUGACCAGGUCCAAGUUAAACAUGAAAAUGGCACGGAAACGUAAAUCCAGCUGUCCAGAAGAAAGGCUUACUCGUUCCAAAGCUAGGAAAGAGGCCUUUGUCUCUAGAUGUCAGCCAUCCCCCAAUGCACCUCUGAGCAUAGAAAAUAGGAAGAUAUCAACACCUGUCAAGAAGAAGGUCCAGGGGAUUGAUCCAGAUGCACCAUCGCCAAGACGAUACUCUCCAAGGUUCAAAUGUCAGAAAGAGACACCCAGCAAGGAGCAUAGUAGUGCAGGCCACGUUCAGGUUAUGGAGCUCCAGCACUGUUCUAGCCCAGUACAGCACCCCCUACAGGAGGAGGAGGACACCGAGCUUGGUCUGGUCAUCACUCUGGAUGAAGAGCAGUGUGCGGGGCGGUGCGGAGGGAGGAGGAAGGGUGGGGAGAAGGUGAAGUGGGGCUGGGCUGAUGAGGAGGCCGAUGGGCUGGAGCUAAGCCAUGAGGAAACGGGCAGAGAGGGUCUGGUGGAGGUGGAGCUCUGCAGGCAGCUGGACAGGGCGCUGGAGAGAAAGUCGCGCCGGCACAACCUGACCAACGCCAACGUCCGCAGCAUCCUUCAUGAAGUAAUUACCAAUGAGCAGGUGGUAGCCAUGAUGAAAGCUGCGAUCAGAGAAACGCAGGACAUGCCCAUGUUUGAGCCCAAGAUGACACGCUCAAGGCUAAAGGAAGUAGUUGAAAAAGGAGUGGUCAUUCCAACAUGGAACAUCUCUCCCAUCAAGAAGGCCAGUGAAGUAAAGCCUCCCCAGUUCGUGGACAUCCCUCUGGAGGAAGAGGACUCCUCUGAUGAAGAGUACUGCCCUGAUGAGGACGAGGAGGAUGAGACUGGGGAGGAGACGUUCCUGGAGAGCGAUGUGGACAGCACCGCCUCGUCUCCCCGCGGCAGCAGAGCGGGCCGGCCCAGGACACCCAUGAACACCUCCGAGUGCGACGAGGACCGGAGCAGCAGUCCCAGACAGGGUUCUCGGCAGUCCAGACAUCUGCGUGUGGACGCCGUUCCCAUGGGCCCCCCUCCGCCCCCCCAGCCUGCUGGCCCCCCCCGGCCCCCCCGAGCCCCGCCCGAGUGCAGCUUCAUGGAGAAGCUCAACGCUGUGGAGGAGGAGCUGGACUCCAGCCUCAUCUGCAUAGAGCCCUACCAGAUGAGUGGCGGCGGAGGCCUGAUGGCCUGCCGAACCCGCUCCAAGCGCCCGCUGAGGGACGUCCCGCUGGGCCGGCUGGAGGCGGAGCUGAGGGCCCCUGACAUCACGCCGGACAUGUACGACUGCAGCUCUACCCUGGAGGACCGCGAGUGGACCCACUGGCUGCAGAGCCUCAUGACCUCUGACGGAGAGAACGAAGAGGAAGGAGACGAUGAGGACGAUCCUGAGUAUAAUUUUCUGGAUGACAUCGACGAGCCCGACCUGGAGGACUACCGUAACGACAGGGCCGUGCGCAUCACCAAAAAGGAAGUGAAUGAGUUGAUGGAGGAGCUUUUUGAAACGUUCCAGGAUGAGCUGGGGGUCCAGGAACAGGAUGAGGAAGGGCAGGAGGAAGAGGAGAGGGCGGAGAAGAUCUCCCCUCAGGCGCCCAAAUUCAACGUCCCGCAGGCCAUCCGGUUCGAGGAGCCCCUGGCCAACAUGCUGACGGAGUGCCGCCGGGCGGUGAAGGUGCAGCUGGAGGCGCUGCAGCAGCGGCGCGCCCUCGUGGAGAGCCAGGCCCGGGCGGCCCAGAAUGCCCCGGGGCCCCAGGUGCUGCUCGUGCCCCCGCCCUGCGCCCUCAUCCUCACCCCGCCGCAGAAACUGCAGCUGCAGCAGCAGAUUCAGCAGCACAUCCAGCUGCUGACCCAGGUGCACAUGCUGAGCAGCCCGGUGGAGGCCCUGCAGAGCGAGGCCAGCACCUCCCGUCACUUCCUGUCAGAGCUGCAGUCCUUCGCCGAGCGCGGGGAGGAGACCCGGGCCACCGUGGAGCCGGGGUUCAGAAGCAUCUUCAGAGCCUGCAACCUGCAGGGGGCGCUCUCUCUGCUGGAGGAGCUGAAGCUGUGUCCCGCCCCAGUGACGCCAGCCAAGCCCACGCGCUCCUACUGCGUGCGUCCGUACCCUCUGCUGCCCUCAAAGCUGGCCUGGCUGCUGGCCACCCGGCCUGUGUUCCUCCACCCUGAACUGCUGCCCCAGUGCAGCCUAGACCCCGCCCUGCAUCCCCGCCGCACCAAAACUGGCUACACCAAGGGCGAGGACAGCCUCAUCCUCCUGGGCCUGAGGCACUUUGGUGAGACGGAGUUCCCCUUCCAGCUGCUGUGCCGCUACCUGAUCCGCACCAAGACGCACGAGCAGGUGCGCGGCCGCGUCCACGACAUGUGCCACCGCCGCGGCCCGGACAACGUGUUCAAGCUCUACUUUCAGAGAAAGGCCCUUCCUCCGAUGCCUCUGGCCUGCGGCAGGGUGAUGCCGGGACAGGAGCGCCCCCCGGUGGAGAGAGAGGAGGCCAUUAUGCCAAACUGGCUGCGGAAAAGCUUGCCAUAUAUCCACAGAGCAGUGAUGCAGUAUAACCAAGAGCAAUGGCAGGCCUCCCCCGAAUCCACGCUCUCCACGCCCCCUUUUACCUUUCCCCCAGGGACCCGCUACCCCCCUGCCCUCCCCAAAAGUGUUACUCUGCGCCUGCACCCUGCUAGAUUCAGAACAUUACGCCCGCUAGCUACACCCAAGUCCCGACCUCUCCGUGGCUACAGAACCCCGUCCUUCCCCUCCCUGGCCAAAGCCCCUGGAAAUACCUCUUCUCAAGGGGUCGUCCUAUUGGCGAAAGCCCCUUUCACUCCUAUUCAAGGUGCCGUCCAAUUGGCUGCCACUCCCAUCACCCCUGCUAAUGGAGCUGUUCCGUUGAACACUGCAUAUUCUAUGCCCUUAAACCCACUGUCUCAGGCGUUUGGGCAAGAGAUUGGAUGCACUGUUCUCCCUCCCCACGAUGCGCCCCCCGCCCUCCCUCCUGCCGUAAUCCAGGUCCCCACUUCCCUGAACUCCCCCCUCUUCAGUCCGGGAGGAGUAACUACAUGUAUACUGCAGACGCCGCAGGUGCAGGCAGCGGUGCCCAACCAGAGACUGCGGCCCCGUAAACUCCUCCCCAUACAGCCGGCUCCCCUGAGGCCUCUCCCAGAGCUCCUGCAGCUCCACAGCUUCUCUGCGGGCGGAGGCCUCCCCGCGGGCGGAGGUGCGGCCGCAGGAACGGCAUCAGGAGCAGGGGAGAAGAGUAAAGUGGGGAAAAGGGCCUCGCCCACCAUGAUACUCAAUCUGACUGCACCAAUCGGCACCGCUGUCAGUGCGGGGCUGGCCAGGCCCCCAGCGGAGCCCACCCCUCCUCCACAGGACCCUGUCACUCACCCCAACGGUGCCCUCGCCAGGCUCCGCAAACUGGUCCGCCCGCUGCUACCGGCUCCACCGCACUCCGCCCCUCCCCAGAGCUUCUCCCCCGCCCCCGCAGACGGCCCCGUCACUCUGAUACCCAGCCCUCGCUUCGUCUCGCACGCCCCUUCUCCUCCUCCCGGAGGCGCUCCGGAGAACAGGACUGGCCCAGGCACUCCCCCCGUUCAGAACGGGGUGAACGGAGCCGAAUCGGUCACUGACCACCGAACACCCUCUGAUGCGCCGCAGUUUACCUGCGUAGCUCAGGUAAACUCAAGUACAGACUGUGCCACCAUUGUUCCAUGCACCACCUACACAGGAACAGUGACCCCACCCCUCACCGUCGACCAAAACCUGCUGGUCACGACGGCGGAGGACAGUUCAGCUCCUGCUGUGACCCAAGAGGGGGGUCCCCAGUACAUCCUGGUGCAGACCACCGCACAGGGCACUACCCAGUUUCUGCUCCUGCCCCAAAACUGCCUGGUAACUCCGGUCGUGACCUCGCAGGCCACCCCACACGCCGUCACCGGCGACCUCUCCGUGAUUCAGGCAGGGGCACCGUGGGCUUCUGGGACCGUGAGCGGAGAGGACCUCCCGAACGCAGCCCUCGGCGUGGAUCCAAGCGAGCAGGAGCGUGUGGAACUCCAAACGUCAUCGAACGAUCCCAAAGACACGCAACCUCCCGUGUGCCCCGGGCCUCCCUCCAGCACGGGAGACCAGCAGACUGCUCUCACGAGCGAGGACAACCUCGUGAAGCUAGUAGCCGGCUUCGAAGGACUGAAGGUGAAAGAGGAGGCAGGUGAAGAAGACGGAGAGGACUUGGAAGAAGAGGAGAGUGGAGAUUUUGGGGGCUCCCUCCUGGCUCUCUCUGAAUCUUCCGGAAGCCCGGCCUCCAGCCUGGAAUGCUGCGCGGACACCUUGGAGAGGAUUGGUCCAGAAAUGGAGCAGUCGACACCCAGGUCCAGGGAGGGGGAGGGGAAGGGAGUGAGUGACGUAGAGAGGGACAGUGAUGUCACCGAGGGCGGGGAGGGGGACUGCGACCGGGGCGGAGGAGAGAGUCAGGUGACCUGCGUGAGACUCAGCGUGACGCGCCCUGCCUGGGGGGCGGUUGUGCUGAGCAGCGGGAGAGAGAAAGAGGGAGAUGGGGAGGGGGAACGAGGUGGAGGGAGGGCUGGGGACGGAAAGAGGAGCGGAGAGGGAGAGAAGGAUGGAGAUGGAGAAAGGGAGAGGCCGGGAGGGGAAGAGGAGGAGGAAGAGGACUUUGAUGACCUCACUCAGGAUGAGGAUGAAGAGGAAGUGAUGUCGUCUGCCUCGGAGGAGUCUGUGCUGUCCGUCCCAGAGUUGCAGGAGACCAUGGAGAAACUCACCUGGUUGGCAUCAGAGGGGAGACUGUGUGGGGAAGGGGACUCAGAGGAGGACAACUCCCCAAACUCCCCCAAUUCUCCCACCUCCCCCACCUCUCCCGUUUCCCAGAACUCCCAGGAAGAGAACUCUGAAGAGGAGGAGGAGGGGCCACCGAAGGGGGAGGAGUCUGAGUCUGGGGAGGGCGGAGCUGGCAAGCUGCCCAGUGGGGAGGUGCCACAGGGGGCGGGCCCACAUCAGGCCAGCGGGAAGGGGGCCGGCCGGGGCAGAGGGCGUGGCCGGCCGCCCCCCCGCAGUCUGAAGCGGAGCCGGCGGCAGGAGCGGGACAGCAAGGACGCGUCCAAACUGCCACUGCUGUACGACGACCGUAUCCUGGACAACGACCCCCUCCGGGAGAGCAAGGACAUCGCCUUCGCCCAGGCCUACCUCAACAGGGUGCGGGAGGCCCUACAGGACGUCCCGGGGAAGGUGGAGGAGUUCCUGGGGCUGCUGUACGAGUUCGAGCAGGGGGGAGAGGGGGGCGAGGGGGCUGAGAGCCGCAGUGCGGUGGAGCUCUUCUCCCAGCUGAGGCCCGUGCUGCGGGACUGGCCUGACCUGCUGCGCGACUUCGCCGCCUUCCUGCUGCCCGAGCAGGCCCUGGAGUGCGGCCUGUUUGCUGAGCAGCAGGCUUUCGAGCGCAGUCGUCGGUUCCUGCGGCAGCUGGAGAUCAGUUUUGGGGAGAACCCGUCGCAUUACCAGAAGAUCGUGCGCGCCCUGCAAGGAGGGCCCAGCCUGAGCGACGCUGGCAUAGAUGAGCUGAAGGCACAGAUGGCCUCGUUGCUCAAGGGCCACACGCACUUGCAGGGGGAGUUCUGGGUGUUUUUCGACGAGCUGCGGCCGCCCCCCUCCCGCCCGGGGCAGUUUGAGGAGGCCGCCUGGCCGGAGGAGGGUGGGGGGGUGACGGACGGUGGGGGGGACGGCGGAGGCGUGGGGCCCGUGGGAGGAGCUAGCGGGGGUUUCGAAGAGGUCACGCUUCCCGAUUUGGAAGAAGAGGAAGAGGUUCACAAGAUUGCACCGUUGACGGGCAGAAGCAAGAGGCGGAAAGAGUUAGGCACUCACAGCAAUGACAAGGAAUGUGAUUGGUCAGAAAAGGACUGCUCCUGCCCCUGCCAUGACGCAAACCAUGAUGCCAAGCUGCGGAGACACAAGAGAAAGGGGUGCUGUCGUUGCCAUACCAACAAGGUCACUGAGUCCUCCAGGGGGGGAAAGAGUCGCGACACCGCGUACCCUGGAUCCAGCAGCCUCCAGCAGGACAGCCAAGCGGAGACGAGGGCGGAGGAGCGGGAGGAGGAGAGGGAAGGGGAGAAGGAGGUGGAGACGGAGGUUAAAGACGAAGGUGGCAGUGAUGCGCACAGCCCUCACCCUGGUACUGGCUCAGAACUUCACUGCCCCGAGCAGAGUCUCAGAGAGACAGACCAAGGGCCACAGCCAUGGGACGGCCCUGAGGGCAGCCGUGCCCGCAACCCUGAGGACAAGGAGGAAGAGGAGGAAGAAGAGUGGAAGGAGGUUGAGCGAGAGGGCAGCCCGUCCCCGAAGAAGAGCAGGAAGGACGGGGAGGAAGCCAUGGUGUGCGAUGGCCCACUGGCGCCCCCCUCAGGAGAGAGGGAGAGGGAGGCAUCCCCGGCCACUGUUCCCCCCCGGCCCAGCCCCGGGGCCGACCCCCCUGUCUGUGCCAAAAACAUCUCCCUCACCCCCAGCGGCGAGAAGGUGAUCCUGUGGACGAGGGAGGCGGACCGUGUGAUUUUAACUGCCUGUCAGCAGCAGGGAGCCAAUCAGAGCACCUUCCAAGCUGUCUCAGCUCAGCUUGGAAACAAGACAGCCAAUGAGGUGUCGCGGCGGUUUCGGGACCUGAUGCGCCUCUUUCACACAGCUGCCCGUCAGGUUAGCUCGGAGGACGAGGCCAGCAACGCCGAAGAGCUGGACUGACCUGGACCUCCGGGGUCAAAACCAAAGAAAGAGAAAUGAUGGAUGUAUGCUGUCACAAGCACAGAAGUCCGUGACAUGGACUUGGAACAAAUGGCACUGUACAUUUGCAGGAACCAGAAAUCAGACUGGGGCUACAAAAUAACAUGGUUAUUUAUCUUGUUUAUUUAUAAGUUGUGUUUCUCAUAGACUAGAUGCCAGUAACUAUUUAAAGGUCAACAUUACCUGGUCUUGGAGUGGCUGUUAAAUUCAAAUAGGCCAUAAAACUUGUCAGUCUCCUUCCUGAAGAACAAACUGAACCAGUCAGACAGAAGACAUGGGCUGACGGGAAUUGAGUCAUUGGAACCAGAUGCUUAAAAUGACUAUUUUCCAAGAAUUUGGGGAUAUUUGGAGAAGCAGAUCUAUACCGGAGAAUGAACCAACUGAAUCACACCUUUGACCAGUACAAGAUAUACACUGAAAAUAUCCCUGAACCGCACCAGCAUAAUGCUUUUAAAUUUACAAAGUCCAAUGUGGCAAAUUUCUGUAAAUACUGUAAAUAGAAAUGACGCUGAGAAUGUACAGUAUUUUUUAACAUAUUUGACACUUUUAUUCACUUGUGAUGUGCUUGCUCGUAACAACCGAAAACCCUGGACAUACAGUGCUUGUAAUUCUUGUAUGGUUGUGGAGGAAAUGCUGUGUGAAUAAAGUGCUCCACAAGAGCAAA